AUGCAGUUUUUUACUGUCUUAGCUGUUUUCGCCGCUAGCGUCUCUGCUGGUAUUGGCGAUUAUGCAAAGAUCCAGUACUACUACGACGGCGGCUGCUCGCAAUAUGCCACCGAAUUCAAGGUUGGCGACUUUGAGUGCAUUAAUUACGAUUAUGGCAAUACCAAUAGUGGUAAUGUCGCUGGCUGUGACUCCAGAAACAAUGACUGCGAAUGCAAAUUCUACCAGAAUCGGGACUGCAAGGGACCCCUGAUGCGUGCUGGUACUGACAGUGUCUUUGGAAACUGCGCAUCACAGUGGGGCAAGGGUUUCAAGAGCGUUUACUGCCGAAACCGUUAA